AUGAAUCCAGAUUCUGAAUUUUUAUGCUUUUUAGUGUCUCUAUUGCUAUUCAUAGUGUGUUUAUAUUGUUAUAUAUGUGCUUAUAUAAAAAUAAUGUCUACUUAAAAUGUUUAUCUGAUUUCCCAAAGUAGUAGGGAACUCUCACUGAAAUUUUGUUUCUCAUAUGAAUCAUACUAAAAUAUUCAAAAUUCCUAGCUUCUUUCCCUUCCCCUCCUUUCCUUUUUGCUUUACUUUGUCUAAACUUAAAACAGAAGUUAUCUAUGAUAAGCAAAUUCAAAUAAAUUAGCCAGGCUGAAUAUAUGGAUAAUAAUAGCUGAAAUUUAUAUAGCAUGUGGGAAGUGAGGUUUGAACCCAAAUUUUUCUGAUUCUGUGUCCAGUACUCAAGUCAUAACGCCAGCUUGCCAAAGGGAGUUUCUAUAAGCCAAAGAUUAGUUAUACUAUUUUUUAUUCAUUUUUAAAUAGGAAGCAUUCUUUCCUGUUCUAUUUAAAUCUGAAAAUAAUCCACUUCAUCUUUUAAAUGAGAUUUAAAACUCCAAUUACAAAAGAGAAAAGAAAAAAAAAAAGCAGAUAGCUUCCUAGAAGAAGUGCAGGCUAGCAUUUCUGCUUUUCCUUUUGGAUGCUUUGUAAGCCAGUCAGACAAGUUAGGAUCUCUAACAGAUAAAAGCAGGUAAAACAAGUUUGCUGAGAUCUUGGAAUUGUACCUUCGAUUUCUCUGUCUGCUGGAUGGUCUUGACUAUGAGUCACUUUCCUACCAGUCAGGUUCAGAAGAAACCUGGACAUUCCCCUAAACAUAUCCCCCAAAGUGUUAUUCAUCCAAGUGACUUAAAGACCAGAGACAGAAGCGAUAGUCACAGAAACAAAUGGAAAAAAAAAUUUAAGUGAUUGACAACAUGAGAAAAGGAGAAGUAGCUUUAAAUAUUUUUUAAUUGUAAAUGAAAACAAGUUUUUUUUUAUAGUCUUUUGGUUUUUAUGACCUUUUAGUCUUUCAUGUUUUUUUAUAGCCUUGCCAGAUUAAAAGCAGAGCAGAACAACUCAGGGAACCUGAUGCAAAGACUCCCUCAUUAUCAAUGGUACCCCCUCCCACAGUGGGUCAAUUCUGGACUGACCCUUAUUCUGACCCAGGGCACCAUCUCCUUUCCCACUGAGACUCUUGGGAUCUCUUCAUGCUCUCUACAUCUUCUCUUCAAAAAGUAAAUGCAGCAUGUGGGAAAAGCCUAUGGGACCUUGGAGAGAAAAUGAAACAGCUUCUCUUUCUUUUCUCUCUUAUUUUCUUCAUGAACUGCUUAGACCAGACUCCACUUCCUCUUUAAUGUAAGAUCUGCCUCUGGAUAAGAGAAUAUACAAUGACUUUUUUUAACGUCUUAAAAGUUUGUAUUUGAAAAAAUAAAAUUUUCUUAAGAAUUAAAUUUUUUUAAAAUUUUAUUUAAUACUUACCUAAAGUCAGAGCCAGGGAAGAAAGAAGAAAAUGGGAGUAAGUUAGAAGAAUAAACAAACAAACCAAUAGUAAAGGAAGUUGGACAAGCACAAUUGAAAUGACACUUAUUACUUAGAGUGAAAAGUCAUAAACAAAUGAGUGCUUUUGAUAUUUAAGAAAGAAGAGAAAGAGAACAAGGAAAUAAAUGAUUUACCUUCAUGAAGUCCUUUUAUUGUUGUUCAGUUGUACUUGACUCUUUGUGACCCCACAAAGGUUUCUUGGCAGAUACUGGAUUGGUUUGCCAAUUCCUUCUCUAGCUCAUUUUACAUAUAAGGAAACUGAGGCAAACAGGGCUAAAUGGCUUGCCCAGGAUCACACAUCUAAUUAGUGUCAGAACAAAUUUGAAUUCAAGGAGAUGUGUCUUCAAUCUAUGCUGGCCUGGCAAUCUAUCCACUGGACUACUUAGCUGCCUCUAUGUAGUGCUUUACAAUGGACAAAAUGCUUAGCAUUUUGUUUUUCCCUUCAAAACAGCUAUAUAAAAUAGGUGAUACAGGUUUGAGAAAUCCUUCUUUAUAGAUAGGAAAGAAAGAAAGAAAGAAAGAAAGAAAGAAAGAAAGAAAGAAAGAAAGAAAGAAAGAAAGAAAGAAAGAAAGAAAGAAAGAAAGAAAGAAAAAGAAAGAAAGAAAGAAAGAGACAUUGUGCUAAGCCUUUUACAAAUAUUCUCUCAUUUGGUCCUCCUAAUAGCAACCAGGUAAGUACUAUUAUUAUCCAUAUUUAUAUGUUUAUGUGGCCUAUGGACUUGCCCACAGUCAGUCAGCUCGACUAUGAGAUGGAGUUGGAAUCUAGUUCUUCAUCUUAGGUUCUCUAUCCAUUGUAAUAUUAGUUGAGGAAAUUAAGGCUGAAAGAAGCUAAGGGCUUGCCUAGGGAUAUGUCAUGUUUUAGUAAUCUUGUUGGUACGGUUCCAGGAUAGAGCUUGGGCUACCUUAGCUGUGCAGGACCUGGGAUCCCUGAGCAUCCUGAUAUGGUUGGCAGAUAGUGGUCCUGAGGUGGAAAUAACAUUCUUCAUGAUAUCUACCUUUAUAAUAUACAUAAAAACACUGUUUGACAAAAUGCUCUGUUCUUUGCAGUUGGUGUGGCUGGGAUUGAAUGCCUUCCUCUUUGUGUGGUACUACCGAGUUUAUGAUGUUCCAGACAAAUAUUUUUAUACACGCAAGCUUCUUGGGCCUGCCUUGGCCUUAGCAAGAGCUCCGGCUGCUUGCCUGAAUUUUAACUGCCUGCUGAUCCUGUUGCCUGUCUGCCGAAACUUGCUCUCCUUCCUCAGAGGCUCUAGUGCGUGCUGUUCAACUCGUGUGCGAAGACAACUGGACCGGAACCUGACCUUUCAUAAAAUGGUGGCAUGGAUGAUUGCCCUUCACACUACGAUUCAUACUAUUGCUCAUCUCUUUAAUGUGGAGUGGCUGGUGAAUGCAAAAUCCAGAAUUAACUCUGAUAAUUAUUCAAUUGCCCUCUCAGUCUUUGCUGAUGACCCAUCUCUUGGCCAAACUUAUAUUAAUUUUGUUGAAAAACCAUAUAAGAAUCCUGAAGGUGCUCUGUAUGUGGCUUUCACUUACCUAGCCGGCCUCACUGGAGUUAUUAUUACAUUGUGCCUCAUAUUGAUCAUAACAUCCUCAACCAAAACAAUUCGGAGGUCUUAUUUUGAAGUUUUUUGGUUCACUCAUCACCUCUUUGUUAUCUUCUUCAUUGGCCUUGCCAUCCAUGGAGCUGGGAGAAUUGUUCGUGGACAGACAAAUGAAAGUUUGGAAGAGCACAACCCUAGAUUGUGCCAUAAGAACAUCUCCUUUUGGGGAACUAAAGGAAAUUGUCCUAUCCCUCAAUUUGCUGGCAACCCUCCAAUGACUUGGAAAUGGAUUGUGGGUCCCAUGUUCCUGUAUUUUUGUGAGAGGUUGGUGCGAUUUUGGAGGUCACAGCAGAAGGUUGUCAUCACUAAGGUGGUCACUCACCCUUUCAAAACCAUUGAGCUACAAAUGAAGAAGAAGGGUUUUAAGAUGGAAGUAGGACAAUAUAUUUUUGUCAAAUGCCCCAAACUAUCAAAUUUAGAGUGGCAUCCCUUCACACUGACCUCAGCCCCUGAGGAAGACUUCUUCAGUAUUCACAUUCGUAUAGUUGGGGACUGGACAGAAGGUCUUUUUAAAGCUUGUGGAUGUGACAAAACAGAAUUUCAAGAAGCCUGGAAAUUACCCAAGGUGGCAGUAGAUGGGCCCUUUGGCACUGCUAGUGAAGAUGUAUUCAGCUAUGAAGUAGUUAUGCUGGUGGGAGCUGGCAUUGGAGUCACUCCAUUUGCUUCCAUUCUCAAGUCUGUCUGGUACAAGUAUUGCAAUGACUCAACUAGACUAAAACUCAAAAAGAUCUAUUUUUACUGGCUAUGUCGAGACACACAUGCCUUUGAAUGGUUUGCAGACCUGCUGCAGUUACUAGAGACUCAAAUGCAGGAGAAGAAUAAUGCUGAUUUUCUUAGUUACAACAUCUACCUUACUGGCUGGGAUGAAUCUCAGGCCACUCACUUUACUGUGCAUCAUGAUGAAGAGAAGGAUGUAAUAACAGGCUUGAAACAAAAGACCUUGUAUGGAAGACCCAACUGGGAAAAUGAAUUCAAAACUAUUGCAAGUCAGCACCCAAAUACCAGGAUAGGUGUGUUCCUCUGUGGACCUGAAGCACUGGCUGAAACUCUCAACAAGCAAAGUAUUGCCAACUCGGAUGCUGGCCCUCGAGGAGUGCAUUUCAUUUUCAACAAAGAAAACUUUUAAUUCUUGCUCCUUUGGGAAAUGUGGACAUGAGCCUUAUGCCCAAACAAAUGCUGAUCAUUAAUAGAAACAAAUGAAAACUAGAGAAACUUUUCCAACUUUUAAGUUUUCUACCUAUAUGGGGAUAAUUUCUUAGUAUCCAUCUUUGAACAGGACAGAAGAAAACUAGUUCAUUUAUUUUCCUUUUGUUUAUUGUGCAUUAUCUCAGUGACUUGAACAUAUGCACGGGAAAACUGUCCAAAUAUUUAAGAAUCAAUUUGCUCAGAUAUUAACUUAGUCCUUUGAUAUUCAAGGAGAUUAACAGUUGAGCCUGCUCCAGAUUGUUAACAGAGCAGUCCAGUUCUAUUAACCAGAAACAUUUCCAAGAAAAGAUUUAGUUCAGGCAUUUUAGAAUUAGGAAAAAUCAUUUAGACAGAAAGGUUUUCAAAAAUAUUCCCAUAGCAGUUUCUAAAAAGCAACUAGCCAGCACAGGAGAUAGAGAUCUGGGCCUUGAAUUGGGAAGACCUGAGUUCAAAAUCUCACACAUUUAUCAGAUUUGUGACCCUAGUCAAAUCACUUUACCUUUUUUGCCUCAAUUUCCUCAACUGUAAAAUGAGAACAGUAAUAGCACUUUCCUCACAAGUUGGUAGACAAGGACCAAAUAAGAUAUUGUUUGAGAAAUGCUCAACAUAGAACCUAGUAGAUUCUAAAAUAAAGCUUGUUCCUUCCCCUUUAUCUACAUUGAAUAGAGUAUUGAACUUGGAAUCAAGAAAACCUGAGUUUACAUAUGUGAACAGAAAGUCAGAUACUGACUGUCUGAACCUAAGCAAACCAUUUAACCUUUCUCAGUCUCAGUCUCCUGAUCUAUAGAAUGGGUAUAAUAAUAGCACUCACCUACCUUCAUAGGGUUGCUGUGAGAACCAAAUGAAAAGAUAUGUAAACAGCGAUAUAAAUUCUGCAUAUUAGUAUUAUUAUUUUUAUUGUGUUUCUGGUAUAGACUAGAGCAGCCUGCUUCUCCUGAUUGUAGGACCCAAGCCUAAGUUAAGUAAUUCCAUUUUUUCAUACAUGUUCAAAUUUUAAGUCUGUAGUGACCAUCAAAGAAUAGUUGUUCUGGUCAUUCAUUUUCUUGGAUGGCAUUGACUAGACAGUGUGAUACACUAGUCUUGAGAGGACUUACAUUCUAGUAUAGAACAUGAGUGAUUUUGUAAUAAUUUAGACUGAAUCUUCCAGCCUUAUAGUUGCAGCUAUUGAAUCAAAAACACUGUCAUAAUGGAGAAUUCAAAAAGUCAAAGUUUACCUAGUCAAAAUUAAUGGAUUUGAAAAGAAUUAGAAUUAAUGAGUUAUUUAAUAACCCCAUAUGAUUUAAAAUGGCUCCAAUGACCACUCUCUAAGUUUUUAUCUUAAGUGUACAUAAUGUUUACUUUGUCAUUUUUAUUUGACUUUGUUACUGUCCUGAAAUUUAUAGUCUACAAAUUUAUGAGGUAGCUAGAUGAUGCAGGAUUGAUAGAGUGCUGAAUUUGGAUUCUGUAAGAUCUGUCUUAAAUCCUGCCUCACAGGACUAUCUAUCCCUGUGCAAAUCAAUUAACAUCUGAGUGCUUAAGCUUCCUCUUCCAUAAAAGGAAGAAAAUAAUAAUUUCUACCAGUGUUAUUGUGAAGAUAAAAUAAGUCAGUAUUUGUAAGGUGCUUUGCAAAUCUUGAAAUUUUAUAUACAUGCUAGCUAUUAUUCAAUCAGUCAAUGAACAUUUAUUAAGUGCCUACUAUGUACAAGGCAUUGUGCUAAGUGCUGAGGAUAUAAAAAGGGCAAAAGGAAUUCUCAAGGAACCCACAGUCUAAUAACAACAAUUAUUAUUGUUAUGAUUCACCUUCCCCAAUAGGAUUGAAUAGGACAUUUUUCCCCUGACACUUCAAGGAAUAAUUACUAAUUUAGUGUUUGUGUCCCCACCAGUAGCUUAUGUCUAAAACUGUGCUCCUUACUGGGGAGGGAAAAUGAAAAGAGUUCCUUUUAUCUCACUCUUUGGACUAUGAGGGUUUUUAGAACUCUAGGGGAGGAAGGAGAAGGAGAGAAAUGGAAGAAGGUGUGAAGAUUGGAAAAUAGAGCAGGGAGGGAUAAAUUCCAAAAGGAAGAGGAGAAGAGAGAGGAGAUUAGAAGGACAAUGUAUUUCUAGAUUAUGGGGGGAAAAAAAAAAAACAUUGGAUUUCAAAUUCUAGUUAUAUUACAAACUAGUUGUAUCUCAUUGGACAAGUCAUUAAACCUCCCUGGGAUUUCAUCCCUUCCUGGCAAAGGACAGGGUUGGAAUAGAUGAUCUCUAAGAGCCCUUUACUUCUCUAAAUCCUGUGAUCCUAUGAAUAAAAUGUCAAAGAGAGAGAGAAAAAUGUAAAAGAGAAUAUACAAAUAUAAAAUAAAAAAAAGGUAAAAGAAUAGGAAAAUGUAAAAAAAAAAAAAAAAAAAAACGAGAAAAACGUCGAAGAGAAGGAUUUGGAGACCUGUUUUCAGAAGACUAAUCAGUAUUAUGAUCAAGGUUUUCUGCUGACUUUGGGUAGCUAAAUAUGCAUUGAAUAAACUUGAAGCUUACAUGUAUGAAUUAAUUUUCUUUUCUUUGCAUGUUUGAAAUUCUUCAGUUCUACAAGGGAAUUUAUGAAAGGCAGACUCAGAUGAAGAGGUCAUUAAUUGAUAAAAA